AUGAGGCUCCUUCCGUUGCACUUCUUGGCUGUGCUGGCUUCCUGCAGCGUCUCAGGGGAGCCAACAGAAGACAUCACCAUUGCCUACAAAGUGCUGGAAGUUUACCCUCAAAGCCGCCGGGUGCUUAUAACCUGCGACAGCCCUGAGGCACCCCGGCCCAUCACUUACUCUCUCAUGGCUAGCCGAGGGGUCCUGGUGGCGACAAGGGUUGUGCGUGAUGACAAGCCAGCCUCCUUCAACAUCAACAUCACGCUCAAGUCCAGCCCAGACCUGCUCACCUACUCCUGCCGAGCGUCCUCUGAUCUGGGCACCUAUGGGCCCAGCAGCCGGCUGCAGAUGUACUGGGAGCUGUGGACCAAGCCCGUGUCCCAGCUGCAGGCUGACUUCACCCUGCGUGAUGGGAACUCAGGCCCCACGGCGGAGCUGUCCUGCCUGGCAUCCUCAGGAAGUCCACCCAUCAUCUACCGCUUGGUCGGGAAUGACGGGCGUAUACAUGCACAGCAGAGACCCCUCCACGGGAAGCCUGCCAACUUCUCCAUCCCCCUGUCCCAGACGUUUGGCUGGUUCCAUUGUGAAGCUGUAAAUGGUGUCAGUGUCGAGAGCAGCGCCCGUGUGCUGCUCCCAACCCACACUCCUUCCCACCCCACAGGGGAGCUGCCUCUGACACCCACCUGCAUUCUGGCCGGCAGCCUGGUCUCCAUUGCAACCAUUAGUUAUGGGAUGCUGAGGUCAACCAGGCGCAGCUCCAAGUUCCUGCCACCUGGCACCGCGCAGCAGGCACUGAGGGACACCCUGCAGCGAGUCCCUGGCGUCUGGCCACGCCCUCCUUCGGCGGCCGGCCACGCCCCCAGGGGCCAGAACGGGGCGGGUCGAUCCGGCUAG